AGGCUAGGUGCCGGUUUUCUUCACUUCCGAGGGAACGCCACAGGGGACCGCUGGUAGGGGGAGAGGAGCAACGAGGGCCAGCCCAGGCGGGAGGAACUGAAGCUUCCAGCGAUGCCCUCACUCAAGAUGGCGGCGCAAGGCUCGCGCUUGGUCCCGUCAGGCGGCGCGCGUGCUUAGGCUGCAUAUGCGGCCAAGCGCUAGGGCAGGGGGCGGGUCUACAGAGGUAGAGGGACGCUUGCUCUGCGGCCGGGCCAGGAGUCUUCGUCGCCGCGGCUCCCGCUGCUGUCACCGUCACCACUCCCGGAUUGUGGAGGGGAAGAUGGAGCCGGUCACCAUCGCUACCGACAGCGGGGACCGGCCGGGGGCCCCGGCGGGCUCAGGCCUGUCGGCUUCCCAGCGUCGGGCCGAGCUGCGGCGGAGAAAGCUGCUCAUGAACUCGGAACAGCGCAUCAACCGAAUCAUGGGCUUUCACAGGCCGGGGAGCGGCGCCGAAGAAGAAAGUCAAACAAAAUCAAAGCAGCAGGACAGUGAUAAACUGAACUCCCUCACCAUUCCUUCAGUUUCAAAGCGAGUAGUGCUGGGUGAUUCGGUCAGUACAGGAACAACUGACCAGCAGAGUGGUGUGGCCGAGGUAAAGGGGACUCAGCUGGGAGACAAAUUGGACUCUUUCAUUAAACCUCCUGAGUGCAGUAUGGAUGUAAGCCUUGAGCUCCGGCAGCGCAACAGAGGAGACCUGACAGCAGACACUGUCCAGAGGGGUUCUCGCCAUGGCCUAGAACAGUACCUCUCCAGAUUUGAAGAAGCAAUGAAGCUAAGGAAACAGUUGAUUAGUGAAAAACCCAACCAAGAGGAUGGAAAUACAACUGAAGAAUUUGACUCUUUUCGAAUAUUUAGAUUGGUGGGAUGUGCUCUUCUUGCCUUUGGAGUCAGAGCUUUUGUUUGCAAAUAUUUGUCCAUAUUUGCUCCAUUUCUUACUUUACAACUUGCAUACAUGGGACUAUACAAAUAUUUUCCUAAGGGUGAAAAGAAGAUAAAGACAACAGUGCUAACAGCUGCGCUUCUGUUAUCCGGAAUUCCUGCUGAAGUGAUAAAUCGAUCAAUGGAUACUUAUAGCAAAAUGGGCGAAGUUUUCACAGAUCUCUGUGUCUACUUUUUCACUUUUAUCUUUUGUCAUGAACUGCUUGAUUAUUUGGGCUCUGAAGUACCAUGAAGCCUGCAGAACUCAGAAAGAGAAGCUUACAAAAAAAAUUUCUUUUCUAUAUUGCAGUGACUCUAAAGGAAACAUAUUGGUUUACACCUUUAUGAAAUUCUUUUACUUUUUGAGGUUUUAAAACCACUUGAUUAGGAAUGGAAUGGCAGGUUCCCUGACUGGAAAGGGUUGAGUUUGUAUUAAUACUGAUGUGAAGAUUAGAGUACCAAUGUCAGUAAUCGAUUUUUCUUGUUUAAUUAGAAUUCCUAGUCUACACCUUUCCCUAACUUCUCAGAUUUGUAAUUCCUCUUUGAGAGCUGAGCUAGUGCUUUAAGGAGAGCAGAUGAAUGUCGUCUCAACCAGUCCCAAGGACUGAAUCUUGUAUUUGUAUUGUUCUGUCCUGAGAAAUGGAGCCAUCUUAAAAAUAAAAUGAAAGAAAUUGAA